CCAUUCUCCAUAUAGACUCCUUUAUAAUAUACAAAACAUAGGCAGAUCCAAAAGCAAAGAAACCAAGCAAAGACAUAAAAAAUGAAGAAGGCGGCAGAAUUCGUGAAGCAGAUAAUAAACAUGUUGAGUGGUCUAGCAAAGGACAAGACGAAGGAGCUUAAGAGGAAGACAAGAGCCUUCAAGACACGUCUCGUAAUAUUCUCACUGCUCCACAACAGACACAUGGUGGUGAGCUCUCUCUCGCACAAGCUCAAGAGCAACCCAACAUCAAAAAAGAUAGAUCAUGAUGAUAACAAGGAUGAAGAUCAUCAAAACAUGGUGGUGGUAUAUAGCCACAACGUUAACGCCAUGUCUAGCACUCCUGUCUCUCCGCAUGUAGAAUAUCAAUAUACGGAGGAUGAAGAAGAGGAGGAGGAGGAAGAAAAGUAUCCAGACUUGAGACACUCGUUAUUUGAGGCAGAGGGUUCUGUGAUAGAGAUGGUGAAGCACUCGAAGGAGGACAAUGGAGAAGAGUUUCGGUUGGAAGACGAGAUCGACAAAGUGGCUGAUCUUUUUAUUACCCGCUUCCACAGACAGAUGUGGUUGCAGAAGCAGCUGUCUUUCGAAAUCGCAUUUGGUGUACCUCCGAAAAAGUCCAUUAAUGUUCCAUUUGGGAGGAACUACUUCCCCACUUGGGCUUUUGAUCACAUUAAGUAUCUCAACGGUGGUUCUGAAGUGCAUCUCGUCCUCGACAAGUACACUGGCACUGGCUUUCAGUCCAAAGGUUCCUACUUGUUUGGCCACUUCAGUAUGCACAUAAAGAUGGUUGCUGGUGAUUCUGCCGGAACUGUCACCGCCUUCUAUUUGUCAUCGCAGAACUCAGAACAUGAUGAGAUAGACUUUGAGUUUCUAGGGAAUAGAACUGGCCAGCCUUACAUUUUGCAGACAAACGUGUUUACAGGAGGCACAGGAAACCGUGAGCAGCGGAUCAACCUCUGGUUUGAUCCUUCCAAGGACUACCAUUCCUAUUCAGUUCUCUGGAACAUGUAUCAGAUUGUGUUCUUUGUGGAUGAUGUGCCAAUACGAGUGUUCAAGAAUAGCAAAGACAUAGGGAUGAAGUUUCCGUUCAACCAGCCGAUGAAGAUAUAUUCGAGUCUGUGGAAUGCAGACGACUGGGCCACAAGGGGAGGGUUAGAGAAGACCAACUGGGAAAAAGCUCCUUUCGUCGCGUCCUACAGAGGCUUCCACGUCGAUGGAUGUGAAGCUUCAGUGAAUGCUAAGUUCUGCGAGACCCAGGGAAAACGUUGGUGGGAUCAGAAAGAGUUCCAGGACUUGGACGCUAACCAAUACAAGCGUCUCAAAUGGGUUCGUAAGAGAUACACCAUCUACAAUUACUGUACUGACCGCGUCCGAUUUCCUGUGCCUCCUCCAGAGUGCCGCAGAGACCGCGACAUAUAGUGCUUAUCUGGCUUUUUUUUCAGAUGGAUAGCAAGAUUUCCUACUUUUUAUAUGUUUUUUCGUCUUACAAGUUUAAAUCUAGAAAGUUUGAAUUGUUACAACGGUGCAUUUGACGUGACUUAAAUGAAACCGAGAAAUGAAUUCAUGAGUUUCCC